CGUGCCUCUGAUAGCGCUACAACGUGAAGCAGAACUACAGAGACGGGGAAGGGUACAGUAGCAUGGAAGGGCCUGCGGGGUAUCUGCGGCGUGCCAGUGUGGCCCAGCUGACCCAGGAGCUGGGCACUGCCUUCUUCCAGAAGCAGCAGCUGUCAGCCGCUAUGGCAGACACCUUCCUGGAACAUCUCUGCCUGCUGGAUAUUGACUCCGAGCCUGUGGCCGCUCGCAGCACCAGCAUCAUCGCCACCAUUGGGCCUGCCUCUCGCUCCGUGGAGCGCCUCAAGGAGAUGAUCAAGGCCGGGAUGAACAUUGCAAGACUCAACUUCUCCCACGGCACCCAUGAGUACCACGCCGAGUCCAUCGUUAACAUUCGAGAGGCAGUGGAGAGCUUUGCAACUUCCCCGCUCAGCUACCGGCCGGUGGCCAUCGCUCUGGACACCAAGGGACCGGAGAUACGUACUGGAAUCCUGCAGGGGGGUCCGGAAUGCGAAGUGGAGAUCGUGAAGGGCUCCGAAGUGCUAGUGACUGUGGACCCGGCGUUCCGGACGCGGGGGGACGCGAACACCGUGUGGGUGGACUACCCCAAUAUCAUCCGGGUCGUGCCGGUGGGGGGCCGCAUCUUCAUUGACGAUGGACUCAUCUCCCUAGUGGUCCGGAAAAUCGGCCCAGAGGGACUAGUAACCGAAGUGGAGAACGGUGGCGUCCUAGGCAGCAGAAAGGGCGUAAACUUGCCGGGUGCAGAGGUUGACCUGCCUGGGCUGUCCGAGCAAGAUGUCUGGGACCUCCGCUUCGGGGUGGAGCAUGGAGUGGACAUCAUCUUUGCCUCCUUUGUACGGAAAGCUAGCGAUGUGACUGCAGUCCGGGCUGCUCUGGGACCAGAAGGACAGAGCAUCAAAAUCAUCAGCAAAAUCGAGAACCAUGAAGGCGUGAAGAAGUUUGAUGAAAUCCUAGAAGCGAGCGAUGGUAUCAUGGUGGCACGGGGAGACCUGGGCAUCGAAAUCCCAGCUGAAAAGGUUUUCCUGGCUCAGAAGAUGAUGAUUGGGCGUUGCAACUUGGCAGGCAAGCCUGUUGUCUGCGCCACUCAGAUGCUGGAGAGCAUGAUCACUAAGCCCCGGCCAACAAGGGCAGAGACCAGCGAUGUGGCCAAUGCUGUACUGGAUGGGGCAGACUGCAUAAUGCUGUCAGGGGAGACCGCCAAGGGCCGCUUCCCUGUGGAGGCUGUAAAGAUGCAACAUGCGAUUGCUCGGGAGGCAGAGGCCGCAGUGUACCACCGGCAGUUGUUUGAGGAGCUACGCAGGGCAGCGCCACUGAGCCGUGACCCCACUGAGGUCACUGCCAUUGGUGCUGUGGAGGCUGCUUUCAAGUGCUGUGCUGCUGCCAUCAUUGUUCUGACCACUACUGGCCGAUCGGCCCAGCUUCUGUCUCGGUAUCGACCUCGAGCCCCAGUCAUUGCUGUCACCCGCUCUGCCCAGGCUGCCCGCCAGGUCAACCUAUGCCGAGGAGUUUUCCCCUUGCUCUAUCGUGAACCUCCAGAGGCUAUCUGGGCAGAUGAUGUGGAUCGCCGGGUCCAAUUUGGCAUUCAAAGUGGAAAACUCCGUGGCUUUCUCCGUAUUGGGGAUCUGGUGAUUGUGGUGACAGGCUGGCGACCUGGCUCUGGCUAUACCAACAUCAUGCGAGUGCUGAGCAUAUCCUAAGAUGCCCCUUCCCGCUCUGAUCCAGUCCAACCCUUCCUCCCCACACUGUUCCCUCCAACACACAGUCCCCCACCGCCCCAUUUCUAAGUCUCUCUACUCCCAUGUCCCUAUCCUAGACCAUAUCUGCCAUCUAGCCCUGUGUAGGGUUCCCCUCCCCCUCUGCAUUUCACACAGGCCUUGAAAAUCUGUGUCCAAUUAUCCACUGGCCACCCAGCAGCACCAAUUGUAUAUUCCCCACAUCCAAUCCGCUCAGCCAGACUCUAAGAUGCCCUGAGCCUUUAAUCCCAGCUUGGCUGCUUAAUUCUUUUCUUUCAGGUUUCUCAUCCCUGGGGUUGGGGAGCAGAGACAGGUGAUCCUGUCUAGUCUCCACUGAACCACUAUUUUAAAACAUUGCAUACCAUGCAGUAUGAUGUUCUGUGUGGCCCUCAUGAUCACCAGAGCAUCUCCUGAGAAGAGUGACACCUCCCCCUGAUAGUCUCAAGCCAGGGCAGGCUAUCCCUUCAUGGUGACUGACAGUCACAUCAGGGGGCCACACUUUGGGGGAAGCUGAGGAGAAUCAAGAGCCAGGCAAGUUGAUCUUAUCACUGACUUUACAGUCUUGGGACUGAGCUUGCAGACUGGCUCCCCCUGGCUGCUCUCAUGGCUACCUCAUUGCUUUGCUGGGCCACAAGCCCCCUCCUGCACCCAGAAAUUCCUUCACACCCACUUUGUUCCCACACACAAACCAAGAGCCAAAAUGAGUGUCUCUAUUUUCUUUUAAACCCAGCUAUUUGGGAGCAAUUAUAAAACUUCUCCCACACACCAAGAACCCCAGAACUCCCCACCCAGAAGAUUUUGGGUCCUGGCCCCACAUUCUUUGAUACUGCACAGUAGGAGAGGGGACAGAGUGGGUGGGUAAGGGAUUACUCUUGUCCCUGAGAAGGUAGAGGGGCAGGCUGGCUGCCCUUCCCCAGGCUUGGAUACCUUGGAUCCCUCCUUACUCCUGCACCAACAGCAGACUCAGAAGAGAAAAAAAAACCAAAGAUAAAAAUAGUCCUCCUCCCCAUCUUGGGUGGGCUCCUCCUGCCC